AAACUUUAUGAACAAGCCAGUGAGGAGAUUUUGAAAGUAGAACAGAAAUAUAACAAACUCCGCCAGCCAUUUUUUCAGAAGAGGUCGGAAUUGAUCGCCAAAAUCCCCAAUUUUUGGGUAACGACAUUUGUCACCCAUCCGCAAGUGUCUGCACUGCUUGGGGAGGAGGAUGAAGAAGCGCUGCAUUAUUUGACAAGAGUUGAAGUGACAGAGUUUGAAGAUAUUAAAUCAGGUUACAGAAUAGAUUUUUAUUUUGAUGAAAACCCUUAUUUCGAAAAUAAAGUUCUCUCCAAAGAAUUUCAUCUGAAUGAGAGUGGUGAUCCAUCUUCAAAGGCCACUGAAAUCAAAUGGAAAUCUGGAAAGGAUUCGACGAAACGCUCAAGUCAAACGCAGAAUAAAGCCAGCAGGAAGAGACAGCACGAGGAACCCGAGAGUUUCUUUACCUGGUUCACUGACCACUCUGAUGCUGGGGCAGAUGAGCUGGGCGAGGUUAUCAAGGAUGACAUUGGGCCAAAUCCUUUACAAUACCACUUGGUUCCUGACAUGGAUGAUGAAGAAGGGGAAGGAGAAGAAGAAGAUGAUGAUAAUGAUGAUGAAGAAGAAGAAGAAGGAUUGGAAGAUAUUGAUGAAGAAGGGGAUGAAGAUGAAGGUGAAGAAGAUGAAGAUGAUGAUGAGGGGGAGGAAGGAGAGGAGGAUGAAGGAGAAGACGACUAAAGGAACAC